AUAUAUUUGCAAAAGAGGAUGACAUGGGAUGCCUCAAAAUUGUUGAAGCAUACUCUUCAGUUCCUGGCUGUGCUUUGGGCAGUUUUCACAGCAAUGACCAGAGUUUCUGACUAUAAACAUCACUGGAGUGACGUGCUCUGUGGACUGGGCCUAGGGGCUCUUGUAGCUGUAAUAACAGCACGCUACUUCUCAACAUUAUUCAGCCAACCUGAAGUCAAAUUAGAAGAAUCAGUACCUAUUAAUAAGAAUGGAAACAAUAUAACUCAUAAUGUAUGAAUUUAUAUCUAGAACCCAUCGGGUCGAUGUUCCAAAUGAGUAUUUAAAGGUAGUAGACAAUGGUUCUUCGAUGUAUUCUAUACUUCUACUGUCUCAAUUUGAGAGAAUCCAACUGAUAAAUCUAAACUACAUCACAAUCAUUGUCAGCAGUUGAUUGAGGAAUGUGGAGAAUGACGAUAUUUACGCUGAAUUCUUUCCAACAAAGACAGUAGAAGUAAACUGACAAUUUGGUUACGAAUGCCAUCAAUUUCAAUAGCAAUAAAGUCUCAACAGCUCAAAAUAUUGAGAUUGUUGAUUAAAUAAUAAUUUAUUCAUUAUACUUCUAUCAUCAUACACAUAGUGGGAUUAGAAUAUUUACUUCUUCCUAGUUUUUUGUAGUCGAUCCAGUUCAUAUCAAGUAACAUCACAUAUAUUUUAGUAUUUCUGUUUAUUUCCAUACUUUUUUCAUUAUAAAAUAAUGUGAGUGCCAAAAAUGUUAUUUGUAAAAUGCUAUGUUGUCUUGAUAUUUUUGACAGACACAAAAUUUGUAGAUGUAAUUUGGAAGAAGUUUUGAACUGCUAAUAAAUUUUCCUUUUGUAGGUAAUGAAAUCAGUGAAUUGAAACUCAUGGCAUUCGGAACCGUUAUGAAUCAAAUAGGGGCGAAGGAAUAACUUUAGAGUAAUAUAUUUAUGUUACGUUAUAUGUUAA